AUGGCGGCGAAGAUGUACCAGAAAUUGGCACGUUGCGGUGGUGAAGGAGGAAGUGAAUGGGACGAUGAUGUAUACGAGGGUGUAAGAAAAGUGUGUGUAGGGCAAGAUCUCUCACGUAUCACUUACAUCAAAUUUGAGUACGUGAAGGUAGACGGCGAAGUAGUGACACGUGAAUAUGGGACAGUAGAUCAACAUCCUAAAGAGUUUGUACUUCAAUAUCCGGAGGAACACAUCGUAGCGGUGGAGGGAAGCUACAACGUAGUGGCUCUGGGUGCCACGGAGGUGAUCACGUCCCUUGUCUUCAAGACCUCAAAGGGUAGAAAGUCUCCAACGUUUGGUCCAAACUUGUUAGGAAUUGUGAACGGUACAAAGUUUGAUUUUGAGGAUGAGGGAAAGAAGAUCGUAGGGUUUCAUGGGCGGUCGGGUAAUGGUCUCGAUGCUCUUGGAGUUUACGUGGAAGUAGACAGUCUGACCACGUCGUUCCCUCUUUACAAGCUAGAAGCCCAAGGUGGUACAGAUGGGAGUGUUUGGGAUGAUGGUUCUUACGACGGUGUCAAAACGCUGCGUAUUGGUCAAGAUAAUAGUCGUAUCACUUAUUUGGAGUUCGAGUAUGAGAAAGGUGGGAAAUCAGAGACACAUCACCAUGGGGUGAAAGGAGAAACACAAUCCGAGCUUGUGCUUGAUUACCCGGAUGAAUACAUCGAAUCGGUGGAAGCAACCUAUAAUAAGCCAAACCUUUUUCGCAAUACCGUAAUUACGUCACUUACGUUCAAAACAUCAAAGGGGAAAACAUCAUUCUUUGGCUAUAAAGUGGGUAAGAAGUUUGUACUAGAGCAAAAGGGUCGUAAGCUCGUUGGCUUCCAUGGAAAGGAAGGUAGCGCUAUUGAUGCUCUUGGAGCAUAUUUUGCACCUAUUCCUAUUCCUUCUCCUUUAAUUCCAGCCAAGAAAUUACAAGCAAUAGGCGGUAAUGGAGGAGUUGCUUGGGAUGAUGGUGUCUACGACAAUGUUAAAAAUAUAUACGUAGGACAAGGUAACGACGGUGUAUGCUUUGUCAAGUUUGAGUAUAAUAAAGGAACAGACUUGGUUUCUGGAGAUGAUCAUGGGAAGAAGACACUACUUGGAGCUGAGGAGUUUGUGCUUGAGGAUGGUGAAUAUCUCACGGUCUUGGAAGGAUACUUUGAUAAGAUCUAUGGAGUCGAGGCACCAGUGAUAAUCUCUCUUCGGUUCAAGACGAACAAAAGGGAGUCAACUUUGUUUGGAAUGGAUUCUGGUGAGAAGUUUUCACUUGGAGAGGAUUGUCACAAGAUUGUUGGAUUUCAUGGACAAGCUAGUGAUGUUGUUCACAGUGUUGGAGUCACUGUCGUACCUAUCACCACCACCGAGUGA